AUGCGUGAUAUGCCGGAUGAUACACCUUUGGAGGUUAAGUUGGGUGCCACGGAAUUCAACUACCACGAGGAAUUGUCGACAUGGGUGUCCAAGGAUGAUGUAAAAGAGUUCCUUUGUGGAGAUAUGUUGAAUGUUUCCUGCUUGAAGAAGGUUGGGAGAACAGGAAGAGUUCCUCAGUGGAAAGCAAUGAAGUGUGCUCAACAACCUGGGAGAACCGAGUGUGGCUACUAUGUGUUGAGGUUCAUGUUUGAUAUAGCCUCAUGUUGCAAGGAAGUCGGGGAUAUUGACAAGGAAAAUGAAGUAUUAACCCCAAGAACAAGAAGCAUAGCAAUGGAGGAAUAUAGGAAAAAAGCAAUUGUGAUCAUAGAAGAAUACUUCACAAAUGAUGAUGUUAUCUCGACUGCAAACGAAUUAAGAGAGCUUGGGAUGCCUAACUAUGAUUAUUAUUUUGUUAAAAAACUUGUGUCAAUAGCCAUGGAUAGACAUGACAAAGAGAAAGAAAUGGCUGCAGUGUUACUAUCUUCACUCUAUGCAGAUGUGAUAAGCUCUGCACAAGUUUAUAAGGGGUUUUCGAAAUUGGUCGAAUGCGCAGAUGAUUUGGUUGUGGAUAUACCAAAUGCUGUAGAUAUACUAGCUAUAUUCAUUGCAAGAGCUAUAGUAGAUGAUAUUCUCCCACCUAUUUUUCUGAAAAAGCAAAAAACUAUAUUGCCAAAAGAGUCCAAAGGAGUUGAAGUGAUCAAAAGAACAGAGAAAGGUUAUCUGUAUGUGCCUUAUCAUGCAGAGAUAAUAGAAAACAAAUGGGGAGGAAGCAAGAAUAAUUCAGUUGAAGGUGUGAAAACAAAGAUUAACAACUUGCUGACAGAAUUUGUUGUAAGUGGUGAUAAGAAAGAGGCUUGUAUGUGUAUAAAAGAUUUGAAUGUUCCAUAUUUUCACCAUGAAAUCAUGAAGCGCGCAUUGAUAAUUGCGAUGGAGAGAAGAAAAGUUGAAGAUAGGAUCUUGCAAUUGCUAAAAAUGGCUGCAGAAGAAGGUCUAAUCAAUUCAAGUCAAAUAACAAAAGGAUUUAAUCGAAUGAUCGAUACCAUCGAUGAUCUAUCACUGGACAUACCAGAUGCAAGACAAAUUCUUCAGUCCAUAAUCUCAAAAUGUGCUUCUGAAGGAUGGUUAUCAGCUUCUUCUUUAAAGUCAUUUUCAGUAGAGCCAAAAAUUAAAUCACUAGAAGAAGGAGUUGCAAGAUCUUUCAAGAUGAAGGCUCAAGCUAUCAUUCAUGAGUAUUUUUCAUCACGCGAUACAAUAGAAGUAUAUAAUUGUCUAGAAUCAGAGAAUUGCACUUCGUCUUCUCAGUUGAAUGCCAUUUUUGUAAAGAGAUUGGUGAAUUUAGCAAUGGAUCGCAAAAAUAAGGAGAAAGAAAUGGCAUCUGUUCUCCUUUCAUCCUUAUGUCUACCAGCUGAUGAUGUCGCUAAUGGAUUUAUAAUGCUAAUAGAAUCAGCUGAUGAUAUUGCCUUGGAUAAUCCAGUAAUUGUCGAGGACCUAGUAAAAUUUCUAGCUAGAGCAAUAGUUGAUGAAGUGAUCGCGCCUUCUCACUUAGAGGACAUAGGUAACCAAUUCACACGGUGUGAUUCAAAAGGACAUAAGAUCAUCCAAAUGACUAACUCACUUCUCAAAGCUCGUCUUUCAGGGGAGCGUAUAUUGAGGUGUUGGGGUGGAGAGGGAAGUCGAGGAAAUGGAUGGACCGUCGAUGAUGUUAAGGACAAGAUUGGGAAACUUUUAGAAGAGUAUGAAUGUGGAGGGGAUAUAAGGGAAGCAUGUAGGUGCAUAAAGGAGUUAGGAGUGCCUUUUUUUCAUCAUGAAGUUGUGAAAAAAGCAUUAGUGAUAGUAGUGGAAAAGAGAAAUGAAAGAUUGUGGAAAUUGCUACAAGAGUGUUUUACCUCUGGACUUAUAACUAUGAAUCAAAUGGCAAAGGGCUUUGCAAGAGUAGAAGAAUGCCUUGAUGACUUAGCUUUAGAUGUGCCAGAUGCUAAGCAACAAUUUACAUCUUCUGUUCAGAAGGCUAAGAGUUCAGGUUGGUUGGAUGCUUUAUCUUUUCCAAACAAACCUAAGGAUCAUGUAGUCAAGAACAAUGAUUUUUGUUCAUAA